UAAGGAUGAACUGAUGUUUUCAGCGUGAAAACAGAAUAUACCCGAUAUAUAAGUAAAUUAAUCGAAUUAUCCAAUUCCUUGCCAGUGAAGGAUCUCCACGGCUAGAGAUGUGUGUUUAAUUGUGUCGCUUUAUUACUUUGGAAGGGAAGUCUAAGGAAAUUCGAACGACUUUAGAUAAAGGAGGACAUCCAAAUGGGAAAUUCAAAUAUCUCUCGCACACUAACGCCAACUGAGAAUGUGGAUGGAAACUACUUAAAUCCAGAUAGAGCUCAAUAUAGACGUGCUCCAGAAUCAAUUACGUCUAUGGUACAAUCUUUUAGCUCUACACGUUUUAAUUUCACUAAACUAACACAGCAAGAGAUAUUAUUUGAUAUAGGAAAUGGCGACACAAAUGACAUAAUCGCAAUUAAUUCCAGUCCUUUGGAACAGAGUCAUUGUUUAUUUCUUGCAGAACGUUUAAAAUGUUUACCACAAAUCGUGACAGAGUAUAGUCUUUGCAAAGUAAUAGAAUUAUGUCUGUUAAGUAAUUCAUGGUCUUUAAGGGCUUUUUUUAAUGGUUUGUGUGCUCUUUCCUCUGUUAAUCAUUUACAUUGGCAUUUAUAUUAUUUGAAAUACGAGAUGCUUCUUGAAUAUAUCAAUAUUUGCAGUUAUGUAUCUGGUGUACACUUGUUGAUAGAGUAUCCAGCAAAAGGGUUCUGUCUCAAAUUAUCUGAUUUUAAAAAUAUUGAAAAUUUCGCAUCUCGUGCAUUUGUUGUAGUGAAUUAUUUACAAUUACGUCAAAUGGCACAUAAUGUAUAUAUUACACGAGCAAAAUCAAAAUCUAAUGAUGAAUUGUAUAAUGAUGUACGUAUUUAUAUUUGGGUUCGAAAACCAUUCACUGGUGUAAAAGACAUAACUGCAAUUCUACCUGGAGUUUGCGAACUCUUUGGACAUUUAACAAUUAGUGAUGAAACUGUAUACAAUAGUUUGACAGAGGAUGAUAUAAUUAAUCUUCUUCAUGAUAUUACGGAAGAGUGUUUUUUAUUAAUCAAAGAUGAGCUUAAAAAUGUUUUGGAAAAAUAAAU